CUCAUAUUCACUGAAUUGAAAUAACAUGGUUCAAAGGGAAAAUGAUGGAGAUCCAAAUGGUUUUCAAGACAAUUGUGGAUUACACAUUGAUCUUGAAAGUGAUGAGGCUCCUGUUUUACAGUCACGCAGAGUCCAACUCAGGAGAAAGAUGAAAGCUCUUCAAAACUUGAUUCCCAACUGCAAUACGAGGGACAAGGCUACCAUGCUUGAUGAUGCAAUAAGAUAUAUAAAGUCAUUACAAGAUCAAGUUACGACAGCAUCAAUUGGAGCAGGUUAUAUGAUCCAAAGUCCAAAUAUGACAUCGCCAGCUGGCUAUCAGUUUGUUCAUCCUAUUCCUCAGUUCCCUCAGUUUAUGCAAAUUAAUCCAGAGAUUAACAAAGCCUCAGGGAUAAAUAAGUUUAGACAAAUGAAUCAACUGGAGGUGCCACUAGGUUGCUUCGGACCAAUGUUCUCAUCUGAUUCCACUCUGAUCAGUGUGCCAUUAUCUUUAGAACUCUCCAAAUCCCCCCUGAUGAAUCAGGAAUCUGCUAGUGUAAUGGUUCUACCCGGUCAGGUCAUAAUGCCUGCUUCUUCAUCCGGUACCAGUGUGGUCACUGAGGCUCCAGAUAUCAUCGCCGAAGACAAUGACAGUGAUUCUUGCGUGAUGAGGGAUUGAGCAGAGUUUCGAACAUGGAAGACCUAAAUCAGUAAACUUGCUUAGUAAAAGUCAGAAGAUGUCUACUUUUAGCGUUCAUUCUCCCUGUCAUUCUGGAGUGGUUUUAACUAGUAAGAAGUCUGAGUGAUGAAUCAAACCUUACUUUCAGUUUUUCUAUUGUACGCAACUAUGUCAGAUCUAAUUUUACCACGUCUUACUUUCCA